CUAGUUGUAAAAUUAGGCAGACGUGUACUGGUGUUAAAACUUAAAUUCACAUUGUAUUUACAUCAUUUGUCAGUGUCCAUGUAGAUGACCAUUGUAGGCCUAAAAUUGAAUUCUUAACAUAUAGAAAAAUAAGCAAAAGAUAAAGAUAUUGUGGAAAAGCUAUCAGUGACUCCCUCUGUAGCUAUAAGCAAGUAGCAUGUCAGUUUCAAUCUCUAUCCCAGAACUGCUGCAGACACCAGUAAAGAGGAGGAGUCUGUGGCGGGAAUGGAAUCAGCUACCAAGAUUUCUUCGACUUGUGUUACUUCUUAUGUUUGCAAUGACUGGUUUUUCAGUGGUUUAUCUAUACUCAAUACUUUCGGCAGAACUUCCUUCAGUGAAAAAGAGCAGAGAUUUUACACAGAAGCAUUUUGAACAAAAUAUUAUCCCUACUGAAAGGAAGGAGUCAGUUGCUGAAGUUCAGCAAAUUGAACCCCCUCAUAAUAAGAGCAAGGAAGAGGGCAAAGAUUUACUGAAAAAGUUUUCCAUUCGGAAUGAAAUAAAACGUUUCGAAAUUGAAGAAGCAGGUCCUACUAAUCAAUAUCAAGAGGCAGUUGUCGAAGCCUUCAAGCAUGCAUGGAAAGGAUACCGAGAGUAUGCAUGGGGUCAUGAUCAUCUGAAGCCAAUCUCCAAGUCUUUCCACAAUUGGUUUGGUAUUGGACUCACAUUAAUUGAUGCUCUCGAUACUAUGUAUAUUAUGGGAUUGAAAGAAGAAUUUCAGGAAGCCAGGGAAUGGGUGGCUAAUAAGUUAGAUUUUAAUAUCAACAAAGAUGUGAAUUUCUUUGAAACUACAAUUCGUGUACUGGGUGGACUUCUAAGCACAUAUCAUCUGUCACAGGACAAAAUGUUUUUAGAAAAAGCAGUGGACAUUGCCAACCAUCUGAUGCCCUGUUUCAAGACUAGAUCAGGCGUUCCAUAUUCUGAUGUUAACCUGAAAACUGGCUUUGCUCAUGCUCCUCUUUGGGGCUCUGACAGUUCGGUGUCUGAAGUGUCAACUGUACAGUUGGAGUUUAGAGACCUUAGUCGAGUCACUGGCAGUCCUAAAUAUGAAGAGGCAGCUUUCCAUGUUUCGAAAUACUUACAUACUUUGCCUAAAAAAGAUGGACUAGUGCCGAUGUUUAUCAAUGCUGAUAAGGGCCACUUUCGUACCCAUUCUACUCUAACCCUUGGUGCACGAGCAGAUACUUAUUACGAGUAUCUUCUGAAACAGUGGAUCCAAACAGGAAGGAAUAUAUCAUGGUUAAAAGAAGAUUACAUGGAAGCAGUAGAAGGAGUCAUGAAAAACCUCGUUCGGAAAAGUCAACCAAAGCAAUUGGUUUUUGUAGGUGAGCUCUUGAGUGGAAGAAACUACAGUCCAAAAAUGGACCAUUUAGUUUGCUUUCUGUCUGGUACCCUGAUUCUCGGUUAUCAUUACGGAAUGCCUACCUCCCACCAAAGGCUUGCUGAGCAACUCAUGGAAACAUGCUAUCAAAUGUAUGCCAGUACUGCAACAUUUCUUAGUCCUGAAAUAGCAUACUUCAAUAUGAAAGACGGAGGAGGUUCAGAUAUCAUUAUUAAGAGCAAUGAUGCCCAUAACCUCUUACGCCCUGAAACUGUUGAAAGCUUGUGGUAUAUGUAUUACUUCACUCGUAAUGAGACAUAUCGCAGGUGGGGAUGGAACAUUUUUCAAGCAUUUGAACGUUAUACAAAAGUUAAAACGGGGGGUUACACCACAAUUGGAGAUGUGCGAAAUCCUCUCUUUGUACGUCCCCGUGACCUCAUGGAAAGUUUUUUCCUCGGAGAGACUUUGAAAUAUUUUUAUCUUCUGUUUAGUGACAAACAAGAAUUGCUUUCAUUGGAUAAACUUGUUUUUAAUACGGAAGCACACCCUCUGCCUAUUUAUAACAAUAGAUAACAGUGAAGUAAAUUAAGUUUGGCAUUUUAACAUGUUGUACAUAAAAAAAUUUACAUUUGUGGUUUUUAACUGUCUUAUGGUUUAAUUUACAGGUAUAAGGGUUGGUAGUAAAUACAAAAUUGUGAAUUUUGUGAGGGAAGUUAUCACACUAAAGAUUAUUCAAGUGAUAAUCUACACACGGUAUGUAAACUCACAAUUAUAAAUUUGAUAUUAAACUAUAAAACAAAGUAAAAACGUUUGCUUAGAUGUACCGUGGGGAAAAAAUAGGAAAAGUAUCAUUUAACUAUUUUUAAUUGCUUUACAGUGUAUUUUCUUAAAAUCAAAUAAAAAACAAAGACUUGCUUGUUGAAAAUUUAUUAAGCCUUAGGUAAGAAUACGUUUCUUUACUUUGGGAAAAAUUUAAUUUUGUAUGUAUAUUUAAGGAGUAAUCUUGUAACAACUUUUUGAUUCAAUGGAAGCAUGUCGUGUUAAACUUUUGUGAUUGAAAAAAUUAUUUCGUUAAAACUUAAAGAUUUAAUAAAUACCAAUAAGCUAUAUAGAAUUAUCUUGCACAUAUAUGAACUAUAAAAAGAAACCUUUAUUAAGAUUAAAGAAGCAAUGCUGUCACAUUAUUGUUUGUGAUAUUGUAAAUAUUUAUUCAAAUAAUACAAUAUUUUCUAAACUUAUUCUUUAAAAAUAGUUGAUAUUACACUUAAACAGAAAAGUACAAAAUCCUAGUAAAUAACAGAAUUUAAUAUUGUAAUUCUCUUUACUAUUACUUAUUGGACACUUUGUAUCUUGUAUAGGUAGAUUAAUAUAGUGGUAAUUAUAUCACCUUCCCUGUAUAAAUCCUGCCACUGUGUGGAUCCCUUUAGAGCCAUUGAAGAUCCAGAUAGUAGCAUGCAAAGGUGGAGGAUAUGAGUUAUAAUAUUGGUUGGGCUUUGUAUUAUUUUACCUUAGCAUCUUGGUAUUUAUGUCGAAACAUCACAUUGUGGGCAGGAAUGCUAACUUUAAGGACAGUUUCGCUGUCUCCCCUAUUGAUGUAAUGUAUUCUAUUAUUUCUUCCUGCUUUUUUAUUUAUUUUUUCUUUCUUGUGAGCAACCACCAUCCCACAUCUUACUGCAGACAGUAAAAUGUGGGACAUUGUGGACUAGAGCACCCACAUCUGCUCAGUAUUUUUAUUUUAUUUUCUUAAUCAUGUGAGGCCAGUGAAGUUGAGAUUAAACUGGAUAGACAAUGUAUCCCCAAUGCAGUUUGGGUUUUACUUCCGCCAGUACCUCUAAAAACCCAGGCAUGUUACCUGGUGACCCACCUUAUGAUUUGUGCCCAGGUGUUGGAUGUUUGUAUUGUGGCUACGAUUGUUUUUUUUUCUCUCUCUCUCUCUCUCUCAUGAAAUUACAUUUAAUUAUAUAUAUAUGCAUAUACCAUUGUAUAAUGAAGCUUGGCAUGAUGGAUAAUAGUUAACAUAGUUAGUGUUUUAAACAAAUUGAUUUUAGUGUUAUUAGUAUGAAACACCACCCGUAGGGUAGCUGUUUGUGCUAGUAAUUACUAAUCGUAGUAUUAAACUAAUGUUUUUAUGUAUUAAAAGUGGUACCACUU